AUGGCUGCUAACGGCGUCGGGAAACCUAACCUGCAGAGUGGUGGCAAAAACAUUCGAUUUGUGGUCAUGAACAAUCUUCUGCCCUCUUCCAUCAAAAUACACGAAAAGUACGACCUAAAGGGCUCCUCUUACAAAAGAAAGGCUAGUGAACGCGAGCUCGCCAAAAGUUCCCCAACCCUUAAGGAUCUGGACUUCAAAGAAAGACACCCGGAAGGUAUCCUGUUAGAGGCCGACACCUACGAUGCCCUGAUGAAGACAAUCGAACGGGACUGUCGGGUAGGUUGCUUCUCUGUAAAUUAG